AUUAAUGGUUAGUGGAGCAUAUGUUGCUGGAGAAAAUCAAGUAACCAUGGAAUUAGCAAUGCCUGUCAGUAGAGACAAGAGAUCUUUGUCCUCCCAAGCUUGUCAUGUUCUUCCUUUUGGUUGUGUCAACUACUCAAGGAGGAGGCUGCUCUUAUGCCUUGAGAAUUAGUAUGAAAACCCGUCUGUUGGUUGUUAUUAUCUCAAUCCUUGACGGAUACGUUCUAUAUGCUCUAUUGAUCUCUCUCUGUCACCUACUAGUGAUUUUUUUAGGUUUACUUAUGUUUUUAGUUACCGGUUGUUUGAACUUUGUCCCUUUUCAGGGUUGAAACCAAACAGUGUUAAAAGAAAAAACAGUAGUCAAUCAUAAAGGUAACCUACUCUAACGGGGCGGGCCUUAAAUGUUUGGAUCCCAUAUAUGAUUCUAGCCGAUUGAGGCAAGGAUAGAAAAACCAGAUGAAAUGAGCAUUACGUUGUCAUCCAUCUCAUGUUUUGUCUUCUAAACAAAUAUAUUUUAUGUUCACUUGACGAUUGUUUCUUUCUUUUCCUCUAUAUCUAUUGUAGUUAAACAAUAAGGCAAUCUCUUUAAUAAAGGAUUCUACCCAUUAACUUGAGGCAAUCUAAAAAGAAUAAGAAAAACCAGAAGAAAUAAGCAUUGCGUCUUCAUCCAUCUCAUUCUUUGCCUCUAUUUGAACGGAAUAUGCCUGGCUUAACUGCUUCAUUCAACCUUCAACGCUUAUCUAUAUAUGUGUAAAUAUUUAUGUCUGGUGUAUAACAGUUACAUCUUCCAAUCAUGUCAUUGAGUCUCCCAAUAAGUGGGACCGAUGGUACACCCAAUGGAGCAUUCAUGACUUUUGGCCUCUACUGGUGCUACCACUGUCAUCGUACGGUCAGGAUAGCAUCAUCUAACCUAUCAGAGAUCGCGUGCCCUCGAUGCUCAAGGCAAUUUGUUGUAGAAAUCGAGAUGAGACGGCCUCGGAUGGCUUUCACUCAUGCCGCUCCACCUUUUGAUGCUUCUCCUGACACACGUCUUCUCGAAGCUCUAUCGCUCAUGUUUGAUCCUCCAAUCAUAGGUAGGUUGGGUGAAGAAGACCAAUUUCUCAGGGCAAGGUCCAGAAACGUGGAAGACGUACCAACACCCCAUCGACGACGACGCCACAGCCUUGACAAUGAUAACAAUGGCGGUUUACCUCCACCAAGAAGAACAUAUGUAAUACUACGGCCCACUGAUCCAACCAAUCCUCUUGGAAACAUGACUGAGCCAACACCACCCAGGCGUAUGAACCCACGUGAUUUCUUUACUGGAGGAUCAGGUUUGGAACAGCUGAUCGAACAGCUAACACAAGACGAUAGGCCUGGACCACCACCUGCGUCAGAACCCACCAUUGAGGCGCUACCGACCGUAAAGAUUACAUCAAAACAUCUAACCAACGACAUGUCCCAAUGCACGGUGUGCAUGGAGGACUUCGUUGCUGGCGGGGAAGCUACCGAACUACCAUGUAAACAUAUAUACCAUAAAAACUGUAUAACUCCGUGGCUAAGGCUUCACAAUUCAUGCCCAAUUUGCCGCCGUGAUCUGCCUCCUCCGGCCAACACCGUUACAGAAUCUCAGGAAAGGGGUGAUUCUAUUAGAGAAGAGGUACCUGAAAGAAGGCGCCCUAGGUGGAUGCAGUUCUGGAACAAUGGGCUUUUUGGAGCAAGGGUUAGUCCAGAAGAAACAAGACACAGGAAUAGUCGAGGUAACAGGAGCUAAAAAAAAUGAAUAUAUCAGGGGAAACACAAGAAAUAUAAACUGUCUAUCAUUUGCUAGGAACAUAUGUAUAGAAGCUGUGACAAACUAUUAAACUCAGGCUAACGUUUCACUUUCAUGCUAGGGGUGACAGAACUAAUUACAAUAACCUUAACUAAACUGAACUUUAUCUCU